CUGCCAACUGUAAACCCAGUUAUUCUCUACAUAAGUUGAGUAAAUUACACUAGUGAAUUUAGUUCGAUUCAAAAUUGUUAACAGUAAUUCGUUGAGUUUCAACAUCAUGAAAGCACCCCAUUCCUUACUGACGUUCUACAUUACUUCCUGCAUCUUAAUACUGAUCAGUUACGUUGAUCAAAAAAGGAGAUAAGCAACCCAUAAAACAUCCAAAAUUUGGUGGGCUCCAACACCCAUUCCCUCCAAAUUCUCAGUUCCCACUAGAAACUGUUAAAAGAAGUAGCGGGAGAGAAGCAAAGUGACAAAUUCUCCACACCUUUUCGAAAAUCAAGAAAUCAGAAACAAGAUUGUCCAGUUAUUCAGUUGACAAAUUGAGAGCACAAAGAAGCAAUCCUUUUCCCACGUACCUUCUCUAUUUACCAAUUCCCAGUUUUUGGCGCAUUGCUAAUUCCUCUGUUUCUUUCCGUCUAUAAAUUAUUCUUCUUACUUUCAAAGCAUCCCAAUUUCACACACUUAUAGUAAAAUGGCGCUCCGUAGAUUGUGGAACUUAGGUGUUUUAGGUUUUGUGACAUUGAUAAUAUCAGUGUUUGAGUCUCAUCGAACAUUUGGGUCUAGUAUUAGAGGUCCUUUUGGCUUUGUUACUGAUGAUAAUGGCGUGAAUGCUGCAGUACCAAGUGGUAUGUGCGCCACUUUUGUGACUAUUCAUGGUUAUAAAUGCCAGGAAUAUGAGGUAACUACUGAUGAUGGUUACAUACUAAGCGUGCAUAGAAUUCCGGAAGGGCGCGUAGGUGGUGGUGGGCAGAACAGACAGCCAGUUUUAUUGCAGCAUGGGGUAUUGGUGGAUGGAGUAACGUGGCUACUAAAUUCACCAGAACAAUCACUAGCAAUGAUUUUAGCAGACAGCGGUUUUGAUGUUUGGAUUGCCAACACCAGAGGAACUAGAUUCAGUCGUCGUCAUGUGUCUCUUGAUCCUAAUAAUCCGGACUACUGGAAUUGGACAUGGGAUGAUCUUGUGGUCCAUGACUUACCCACUGUCAUUAACCUUGUUUUCAAACAAACUGGACAGAAGACUCACUACGUGGGCCAUUCAUUGGGGACUUUGAUAGCUUUGGCGUCAUUCUCAGAAGGAAGACAAAUAGACAAGAUAAAAUCAGCAGCUCUGCUUAGUCCAAUUGCUUAUUUGAGCCAUAUGACCACUGCACUCGGUGUAGUUGCAGCCAGAUCAUUUGUUGGCGAGAUCACUACAAUAUUUGGUAUUGCAGAAUUUAAUCCAACAGGUCAGCCUGUAUCUAUUUUUGUCAAGGCCCUGUGUGCUUACCCUGGAGUAGAUUGUUAUGACUUCAUGACUGCACUUACUGGGAAGAACUGCUGUCUAAAUGCCUCCACUGUCGAUCUUUUCUUGAAGAACGAGCCUCAACCCACAUCAACUAAGAACCUUAUGCAUUUGGCUCAAACUGUUAGAGAUGGAAUCCUAAAGAAAUAUGACUAUGGGAGCAGCAACUACAAUUUGGCACAUUAUGGUGAAGCUAAACCUCCACAGUAUAAUUUGGCAAACAUCCCUCGCAACCUUCCCCUCUUUAUUAGCUAUGGAGGCCAAGAUGCACUAUCUGAUUCUAAAGAUGUGGAGACGUUGCUUGAUUAUCUCAAGUUGCACGAUGUGGACAAGUUACACGUUCAAUACGUCAAGGAAUAUGCUCAUGCUGAUUUCAUUAUUGGAAUCACUGCUAAAGAUAUUGUCUUUAAUCAGAUUGUGACCUUCUUCAGAAACCAACAUUAAGCUACACAGAGAGAGAGAGAGAGAAAGGAAUGAUGAAGUUUUUGUAUGUAUCAUAGGUCAAUUUGCAUGGUCAAGUGUUCAGAAAUUAAAAGCAUUUUAAAAUUGCA